UUCACUGAUAAUAUGGUGUGUUUUGCGACAAAAAGUGAUGCGAACCGUAAUCAACAUAUUUCUACUGAACCUCACGCUCUCCGAUCUGUUGACCGUCUCAUUCAACGCGACAUUCAAUUUCGUAUUCAUGUUGACCGGUCACUGGCCAUUCACCACCACCUACUGUCAUAUCAAUAACUUCAUCAACAAUUUGACAAUCGCUUCAUCGGUAUUCACGGCUACUGUUAUGAGUAUUGAUCGGAUAGAGUUACAACUGAUUGAAAAUAGAGAUAUAAGAAGCAAAAAAGGAAAGAUUUAA